AAAAGUUAAAAAAAAGAGUAAAUAAAAUAGAGGCGGUGUAUAUAUAAAUAAUUACUCCGUAAAACCCAAGUGAAAUUUACCGAAAAAUCACACUUUUUGCUCUGCAAUUUGGGACAAUCAAAGAUCAUUGUAUUUGGAGGGAUACCCAUCAAACAAUUUCUGGUGGAUUGUGGACAAGUAAAUGGGGGAUAGUUUAAUGGAAAGUAGGGGUCAGAAACGAGUAGAAAUGGCGGAAGAGUUGCCUGCAGAUAAGCGGGCAUGUAAUUCUCUGGAGUUUAAACCGAGUUCAUCCACUGUAAUCCCUGAAACACUUGUUAGUCAGACGGGUACAGUGUUUGAGAUGCGUGUUGGUGAUAUGGUGACUUCAUCUUCAUCAGCAGCUUCAGCUUCAGCUUCUGGACAUUCUGAGGGUGACGGUGAAAGGGAUUCUCCGUAUGGGUCUUGCGAUUCCGAUGAUAGGGAGGAUGGUGAUGGUGAUGGUGAUGGUGAUGGUGAUGAUGAUGAUGAUGAUGAUGAUGAUGAUGAUGAUGAUCGAUAUAGCAGUCUUCGUGAGCUUCAACGUAGUCGAUCACUUAGUGAUAGCGCUAAAUUUGAUGGGAUUAUUUCUUGUUUGAGUAAUGAUGCUGAGCCUUCAGGACAAUUAGCAGCUUUGACUGAACUCUGUGAACUUCUUUCAUUUUGUACUGAAGAAUCAAUAUCAAGCUCGAUAGCCGAUAAAUUUUCUUCUGCUCUUGUAAAAUUGGCAAAACAUGAGAACAACCCAGACAUUAUGCUUUUGGCUAUCAGGGCUUUAACUUAUUUAUGUGAUGUUUUCCCACGUUCGCCGAGUUUCCUUGUAAGGCAUGAUGCAGUUCCUGCUUUGUGUCAGAGGCUCAUGGUCAUUGAUUACCUUGAUGUUGCUGAACAAUGCUUACAAGCAUUGGAGAAAAUUUCUCGUGAUCAGCCACUUGCAUGCCUGCAAUCUGGCGCGAUAAUUGCUGUUUUAGGUUAUAUAGAUUUCUUUUCUACCACAGUCCAGAGAACUGCACUUCGCACUGUUGUCAAUAUAUGUAAGAAGCUCCCGUCCGAAUGCCCUUCACCUGUCAUGGAGGCUGUUCCUAGAUUGUGUAUACUUCUGCAGUAUGAAGAUCAGCAGCUUGUGGAGCUUGUAGCCAAUUGCCUGAUCAAAGUAGGAGAUUGUGUGAAGGACUCCCCGGGGAUGUUGAGUGAGCUUUAUGGUCAUGGGCUCAUUAAUCAAGUCACGCGUCUCAUAGACUUGAACAGCCGAAUCACUUUAAGCCAACCUACAUGCACGGGUCUAGUCGGUCUAGUUGCCAAAAUUGCAUCUGGAUCAGCUGAUGCUGUAAGAACUCUUUUCGAGCUCAACAUUGGAAGAAUUUUGAAGGAUGUUCUGUUAAAUUCUGACGUUGCUCAUGGAACUCUUCGUAUAAAAGACAACGAUUGCACUCAGGUGCAUGAAGUUCUGAAGUUGCUACAUGGGCUGCUUCCUGAAGUAGCCAGAGAUAAAAAUGAAGAACUCUUGUCAAGCACAGAAUUUUUGUUGUUGGAUCAGCCUGAUAGACUGCAGGAAUUUGGGAUGGAUAUUCUUCCUACUUUAGUGCAGGUAGUUACCUCUGGUGCAAAUCUAUAUGUCUGUCAUGGAUGCCUUUCAGUGAUCAGUAGAUUAAUUUAUAUCAGCAAACCGGAGACUCUUCUGAAAUUAUUUGAGAGUAUUAACAUUGCAAGCUUUUUGGCAGGCAUAUUCACUCGAAAUGAUCACCAUGUUUUGGUAUUGGCUCUCCAAAUUGCUGAAACGGUCCUGGAAAAACUUCAUAAUAUCUUGAUGCAGUCUUUUAUCAAAGAAGGUGUUCUCUUUGCAAUUGAUAACCUUCUCAUGCCAGAUAAUUGUUCAAAGAAAAAUUUCCCCAUGAUCAGCAGUAGCCGAAAUAAAAAGAUUGCUGGGAAAGAGGUUGUGCGCUGUUUGUGCUAUGCCUAUUGUACCACACAGUCGCAAUCCACUUCAGAUUCUGAAACAUGCAAGGCUAACAAAGAUUCCGUGCAUAGUGUUGCUGAGAAUCUGAAGAUGAAAUUCUUCACUGUAGAGCCGCAUAGUUCUCAAAGCAUGGUGACUGAUAUACUUCAGGACCUUAGGAAUUCUGCUGUACUAAUGAAUGAUCUGCUAAGCAUAUCCUCAAACAGGGAAGCAGGUGCUCAGAGUGAAGAGAGACUCUGCAGUAUUUUGAAUAAAGUCAUACUUCAGCUUGGUGGAAAUGCACCUGUUUCAACAUUCGAACUCAUAGAAAGUGGUAUUAUAAAAGCAUUACUGAACUACCUAUCUAAUGGUCAGCUUUCAUGCAAGUCUUGUAUUCCCGAUGACUUAACACAUGCUUAUGGUGUACAAAAAAGAUUCGAGGCCUUCGCAAGAAUAUCUUUGUCUUCUCCUUAUCCAGUCUCACAAGAUUUGCCUUUGUCUUUGCUUGUGAGAAAGUUAAACAGUGCCCUGUCAACUGUAGAAACUAUGCCUGUUAUGGCAGGUUAUGCAGCCAAGCUGAGAGGCUCUUAUGCAACUGUUCCUAAUGGGCGCUCCACUGUGUAUCCAUGUCUCAAAGUUCGCUUUGUGAGGGGAGAAGAGGAGUUGUGCUUGGGUGACUACUUGAAGGAUGCUGUGAAUGUUGAGCCUUUUUGCCUUUUGGAGGAAAUUGAACAGUAUCUACGGCCCAAAGUAGGUCAAACAAUAAUGGGAUCCUCAGAAGCUAGUACUAAAGCGUCCUUUGUAGUAAAAAAUAAACCGAGUCAAGUUCCUCUUGAUGCUGCCUCCCUUUCAGGCAAAAUUGUAAAACAUCUGGAAUCAGGGAGCACAUGCACUGUUAUGCCUGAAAUGCAGGAAGAUGGAGAUGAUAAAUCUCAUAGCUCAGCUAUGGACAUAGAUUUGGGGCACACAAGCAUUGUUGGAGCAAAAGUAACAACUGAAGAAGAUCAAUCUAUAUCUCCGAAAGAGGAAAUUCCCUUACCAAAUGUAACUGAAAACUUAAUAGAAACUAGCUCUACCUGCCUGUGUGGUGAUGAUGAAAAUAGUAGGAAGAGCCACUUUCAAGCAUCCUUCAACAAAGAGAAUAUUCCAUUAAAGUUGGCGCUUUACCUUGAUGGAGAGCUGUUAGAAUAUUCAUCUACCUUAUACCAAGAAAUUCUUCAAAGACGAAUGGAUGGUUCAAAAUUGUGGAGUAGUACAUACACAAUAACGUAUAGGAGGGUAACAGGUAAUGGGACAAGCAGUUAUAAGGAAUCUAGGAACUUGUAUGAUGAUGGUACUGUAGAUAGACUUUUCCUAUGCCGGCAGGUUAUGCCACUCUUCUCCAACGUAUUUACCCAUGGACGUGAUCCUAAAUUGGAUUUAUCAAGUACUUCAAGUGAUAUAUUGCUGCUCCUCAGAUGUUUGGAUGUGAUGAACAGGUUUUCAUAUCAUUUGGUAUCUUAUGAAAGAAUAAAUUCUUUUGCUGAGGGUAGAGUACAAGAUUUUGAUGAGUUUAAAGUGGCACUUCCUACACUGCCGCAGUAUGAGUUUGUGAGCAGCAGAUUGACAGAAAAAUUAGAACAACAGAUGCGGGAUCCUUCAACUGUUCAUGUUGGUGCCAUGCCAUUGUGGUGUAGUAAUUUGAUUGCCAGGUGCCCAUUUUUAUUUAGCUUUGAGGCAAGGUGCAAGUUUUUUCAGCUAGCAGCAUUUGGUAAAGUGCAAAUCCCACCUAAUAUGUCAUCUCAUAGUGAUUCAAAUUCAUCUAGAGACAGGAGGGCUUCUGCUGGUAGUCCACCUCGUAAGAAGUUCCUGGUAUGUCGAGAACGUAUCUUAGAGUCGGCUGCUCAAAUGAUGGGCCUUUUUACCCAAAAGAAAGUAGUUAUUGAGGUGGAAUACAGCGAAGAAGUUGGUACAGGUCUCGGUCCAACAUUGGAAUUUUACACAUUAGUGAGUCAUGAGUUUCAAAAGACUGGACUGGGCAUGUGGAGAGGUGAUUAUAUAUCAGCUACUAACAGUUGCAGCAAGCAGGGUUCCAGUAUGGUAUCAACUUCAGGACUGUUUCCUCGCCCUUGGUCACCAACAUCAAGCAACAUAAAUGGGAUAGAGUUUUCUGAUGUUAUUAAGAAGUUUGUUCUGUUGGGGCAAUUUGUAGGAAAAUCUCUUCAGGAUGGAAGAGUUUUGGAUAUUCCUUUUUCCAUAGCAUUUUAUAAACUUCUUCUAGGGAAGGAACUCUCUCUAUGUGAUAUUCCAUUGUUUGAGCCUGAGCUUGGAAGAAGUUUGCUGGAGUUCAAGGCUCUUGUCAGUAGACGAAAAUGUGAAUCUGCAUCUGGGGAUAAUAUGGUGCAUAUGGAUGGUGAUAGUCUGAGGUUCCGGCUUACGAAGAUUGAAGAUCUAUGUCUUGAUUUUACUCUCCCUGGUUACCCUGAUUACGUCCUUUCCUCUGGGAUGGAUGAUGAAAUGGUGAACAUCGACAACUUGGAGGAGUAUAUUUCUUUUGUUUUGGAUGCUACAAUACAAACUGGAGUGCGUAGACAGGUGGACGCUUUUAAAUCAGGAUUGAAUCAGGUUAUUUCUGAUAAGCAUCUUCAACUUUUUACUGAAGACGAGCUUGAGCGUUUGCUUUGUGGAGAACGUGAUUCUUGGCUUUCUAGUGACCUGUUUGAUCAUAUCAAGUUUGAUCAUGGAUAUACUGCUGGCAGUCCUCCUAUCAUCAAUUUAUUGGAGAUUAUCAGUGAGAUCACCUAUGAGCAAAGACGUGCUUUUCUUCAGUUUGUCACUGGUGCACCCCGGCUACCCCCUGGUGGUUUGGCUUCCCUUAAUCCAAAGCUGACAGUCGUGCGCAAGCACUCAAGCAAUAGCCCUGAUGCAGACUUGCCAAGUGUAAUGACAUGUGCUAAUUAUCUGAAGCUACCGCCAUAUUCAUCCAAGGAGAAAAUGAGAGAGAAACUUCUAUAUGCCAUAACAGAAGGGCAAGGUUCGUUCCAUCUAUCAUAGCCUGAACAAGAUAAGAUAGGUACCUGCAACUGUGGAUUUGUAAUAACUAGGCUAGAUUAGAGGCUGCGCUGCGCUGUACAUAAAAAAAAAAGGAACCAAAUAUGACAUGAUGGUGGAAAGCAUAGCUGCUGAUAGAUUAAGAUGACCUUCAUUGCUCACUAAACUGAACUUUGUAUAUAGCUUUUAGAGGUGUUGCUUUCUAUGUCCUUUUACGGUAACCUCAUUUCCAAUAAUUUCUGAAUCCUGGAUUGGAUUGUGGUUAUGAAUAGUUCUUGGCUUUUGCACAUGGAAA